AUGAAGCUCUCCUCGAUUUUCUACGCCUUCACCCUCUUCGUUGCUGUCGCCCAAGGAAGUUCUGAAUACGACGAGCUCGAAGCGCGACAAUGGCUCGAUGACUUGAGCGCACGCGAGCUUGUGCUCGACUACCACGCGCGCUCAGGCGUCCUGGAGGAGUUCUCCACCCGUGAGCUCAUCGACGAGCUCCAAGGCCGCCUUGAGCGUCGAGGACAAGGCCACUCGAAGCCCAAGCCCCCUCCGCCCUACGUCUGCCCAUAUUGCGGGGCUAAGUAUAACACAGCCAAGGAGGCCAAGGACUGCAGCAAAUUCUGCAAAGCCAAGUAA